AUGGCUGUCUGCUGUCGGUGGUAUCUGGUGGUUGGUUUGGGCUUAGGUACGGCAGCAACAGGAUUAAUAUUUCUUCUAGCAUGGCGUGACAUUUUCGACAUACUUGUGGCAGAGGAAAAAUCUCUCCUGCCAGGCUCGGCACUCUAUAAAGAAUGGCGACGUCCGACGAUGCGUCCUCGCUGGCAGUUUUACGCGUACAACUGGAGCAAUGCUGAGGCGUGCUUAAGCGUUCCACAGCAAGCUGCAACGGCUAGCUUCCAGGAGCUGGGUCCUUAUACUUAUGACGAGUAUACCGAAGUGGUAGAUGUGAAGUUUCACCAAGCGAAUGGUACGUUGUCCUAUCGCAAGCGAACCUUCUUCCGACAGAGUGAUGCGACAAAAACGGACGACAUCACGAGCGUUAACUUUGUCGCCCUGCUAGUGUCCCAUCUCGCUCGUAACAUGGACUACUCCGUGCAGCGGGAGCUCUCCUACUUGCUGUACAACUUCCGCCAAACUGUGACCGUAUCCCGACCGGUUGCUCAGUUGCUGUUCACCGGCCAGCGAGAACCAGUGUUGGAGCAGCUGGGAAAGUUGAUCUGCACCGGCAAGAAUCUAAGCAUACCGUGUCCGGAUGAACGGUUGGCGUAUUUCCGCACGUUUAACGUGAGCCGACGGCCAAGUGAGCUUUACAGUAUGGACGUUGGACUGCAGGAACACUCCCGCUACGGUAUAGUAAGAUCCCAGGGUUCGGUUGCGAGCCGUACCGUGCACGACAACUUCCGGCCCUGUGAUGGGUUUGCCGAUCUCACUGGAGAUCUGUUUCCUUCCCGACUCGAUCGCCACAAACCGAUCACCAUUGUGCUGCCGGAGCUCUGCCGGAGACUAACGCUGGAGUUUGAUCGCGAGCAGCUUUUCCAUGGUAUCGUGGGCUACCGAUACAAGGUACGCUUAGUACGACCGUUUAAUGGUGAAAUGACCAGGCUGGGCAGCUGUUCGGAUGCUUCGAUUCGGUUGGACGGGUACGGCAUACUAAACUCCAACGAAUGCAACGGUCUGCCGGUGUACGAAUCAGCCCAUGAUCAGUCUGCUGACGAUGGGUCUCAACUGUACUACACGCUGGAACCGACCACAGGAACAGUGCUCGAGUCGUACAUUGGUCUCACCUAUCAUACGGUACUAAGCCCGAACGAACAUAUCGCACUGUUCCAGCACGUACCGGAGCUUCGGAUACCACUGUUUCGCUUCGAGCGCUACUACCGAUCAAGCGAGGUGAAGCUGGCAAAGCUUACACAGCUCCUUCACCUGCUUGACAUUGGCCAUCAGGCAGCUCUGGCUGGUUGCGUUGCCGGUAUUGCGAUAGUUGCGAUAACCGCACUGUACGCAUGUUGGUGGUCACGUGAGCCGAGCAAAAAUCGUAACGACGACUACAGUAUCAUCGGGAUGCAACUAAGCAAUGCUGGAAGGGAUACUCAAUUUGUCAAAUAAACAUU